CUCCCGGCCCCGCUGCCGCUGCCCCCGCCCGCCGCCGCCGCCGCCAUCGCCGCCAGACCCGGCAGCUUCGGCUGUCUAUUUGAGGAUGACCUUUGCAAGCCAUUUGAGAUCUGCGUGAACGACGGAGUGUUUGGACGAUGCCAGCGGGUGCCUGUGGUAGAUGUCUACCGAUAUGAAGUUUCACCCUCCUUCCUUCAGCAUCUAAAGACCAUCUUGCAGAAGCUCUCUCACAGAGGUUUUAGCUGGCAGGAUGAUUAUACUCAGCAUAUUAUUGCCCAGGAACUCUCAAGUGUCCAGAAAAUCCACAACUGGCGCUCGGAAGCUUUCUCAUCAGAUGGGUCCAGCACAGCCAGGACUUCAAAGCCAAAGCUCGAUGAUGAAAGGACGCAUGACCUGGAAAAGGACAUCAACUUAGCCAAGACGUUCCAACAAUAUCUCACCUAUCUGGGGCUCUUCCCCCAGGCUGCAGCUUCAAGUUUGUACCCCGGGAUGAAGAGCGACAAGUCACUUCUUAAGAGCGAUGGCUUACCUGAGUGGGUGCUGGACUACGUGCUGCAAAAGGCCAAAGGCGGUGGCCCCUCUCUGACCUAUCCCCAGCUAACCCAUCCAGAUUAUCCUGAGAAUUUUCCUCUGAGGACCUUCCAGCAACUCCAACCGGACAAGUUCCGCCCACAAACAGAGGCCGAUCUCAACCGACAGGCUCUAAUCGCCACCCUCAGCGCCUACACUGCUCAGAAGGUGGCUGCAUCAAACCUUGACAAGAGUUCAAACGGCAGGACUAAGGGCCUUCCCCUUUAUGGCACCCGAUUCCCUGUCUCUCCGGCCGGCCAGUACAAUGAGGUCUACUCCAAAGAAGGGGAAGACGGGUUGACCUCAAAACCCUGGUUCCUUCCACGAAUGGGAGCACGCUUGCUGGGACCAAAUUCGGGAGUGUCAAAUCAGAAGUCUGCUUCUCCUGCAGCCGAUCCCAAAGAGCCUCUGAGCACAGUGGAUGAAGCCUUCAUUCAGACUGUGCUGAAGGACCUGAGAAAGCACCAAGUGAACGUGGACAAUCUGAGUCCUCAGGAGAUUGACGAGAUGGCAGAUGUCAUUGCUGACGUCAUGCAAGGUGUGGACAGAGACAGACAGGGAGGUGUUGGAAGAAAAGCUGGAGGAGAGCGAGGGGACCAAGAGAAGAAGAGAGUAGAUGCCUCAGAGUGGGAAGAUUAUGAGGCAGAGUUAAUGAGGGAAGAUGAUUUACCAGAUAAUGGUGUGCAGGAAGGCGGUGAUCGAGUUUAUGAGGAGGUGAAAGGUUUGGGUGCCACACUCGUGGACCUGGUGAAUGAGCACGAAUCCCAACGCCUGUCAAAGGAGCCUCCGCCUGAAAAACCCUUGAAAACCGAGGCUAAGAAGUCCGAAGAUUCAGAGGCCUCCUUUUCUUCCUCAGAGGAAGAGAAGACCGGGGUUGAAAAUGUCAAGAGUGAGACUUUUUCCAAAGAACUGACAGCUGAGAAGAAAAUGAGUUCUGAGCCCGAGUCCGAUGAGUUUUUGGAGUUCCAGCAUUGGAUGCAGGGGACUUUGAAGCAGGAUGAAAGACACCAUGAAGGACCUCAGAAAAACCUAGGGGAAGGCCUACAGUUAGAAGUGAAGUCUUCUGAUGAUGAGGAAUAUGGCUACAUUGUCACCGAAAAAGACCCUCUGAGUGUGGAGAAGGGGAAGAAGUUGCUAGAGAAUGUGGCACCUCUCCUGAAGCUGCAGACAAGCAUCUUUGCAGAUAUCAAUGUGCUGGGACCAGCUGUGACCUUCAAAGUGAGCUCCAAUGACCAAAACAUCACAACUGCAGAUGUUGCAAAAGCUGCAGUGGACAACAAAGACAAGCUGGAAAAACUCUCUGGACUGAAAAUCCUGCAGACUGGAAUCGGGGCGGCUUCAGGUUUUGAAGGUAGACAAACCAAGAAAAGCAAACUGAAGCUUCUGCCUCAUCAUGUAGAGCAAGAGGAAUCCACCAAAUUCAUUAUCCUCACGCUGAUCUCCAUUGCCUGCAUCAUCGGAGUCCUAGUAGCUUCAGGAGUCAUCUACUGCCUCCGCCACAGUUCCCACCACAAACUGAAGGAGAAGCUGUCAGCUCUAGGUACUGAUCCAAGCUCCGAUGCUACUGCUGCUUACCAGGAGCUGUGCCGUCAGCGCAUGGCUGUCAAGUCAUCCGAUCGCCCAGAGCCCCUGCACACUUCUCGCAUCAAUAGUGUCUCGUCACAGUUCAGCGAUGGGCCCAUACCGAGCCCCUCUGCUCGGAGCAGCACCUCUUCGUGGUCUGAAGAGCCAGUGCAGUCUAACAUGGACAUCUCCACCGGUCACAUGAUCUUGUCUUAUAUGGAAGAUCACUUGAAGAAUAAGAACCGCCUGGAGAAGGAGUGGGAGGCGUUGUGUGCCUAUCAAGCUGAACCCAAUGCAGCCGUGGUGGCCCAGAAGGAAGAGAAUGCCCAGAAGAAUCGCUCUCCAAGUGUAGUAACAUAUGAUCAUUCUAGGAUCCUUUUGAAAUCUGAAAAUAGCCACGACCAUUCUGACUACAUCAAUGCAAGCCCCAUUAUGGAUCACGAUCCCAGGAACCCAGCUUAUAUUGCUACUCAAGGACCACUUCCUGCUACGGUGGCUGACUUCUGGCAGAUGGUCUGGGAGAACGGCUGUGUCGUCAUUGUCAUGCUGACUCCCCUCACCGAAAAUGGAGUCAAGCAGUGCUACCACUACUGGCCAGAUGAAGGGUCAAACCUUUACCACAUCUAUGAGGUAAAUCUGGUCUCUGAGCACAUCUGGUGUGAAGAUUUCCUGGUGAGAAGCUUUUAUUUGAAAAACCUUCAGACCAAUGAGACACGUACCGUGACCCAGUUCCAUUUCCUCAGUUGGUACGACCAAGGAGUUCCUUCUUCUACGAGGUCACUCUUGGACUUCCGCAGAAAAGUAAACAAGUGCUACAGGGGUCGUUCUUGUCCAAUAAUUGUUCAUUGCAGUGAUGGCGCUGGAAGAAGCGGCACCUACGUGCUGAUUGACAUGGUUCUCAAUAAGAUGGCCAAAGGUGCGAAAGAGAUUGAUAUUGCCGCUACCCUGGAGCACUUGAGGGACCAGCGACCAGGCAUGGUCCAGACUAAGGAGCAGUUUGAGUUUGCAUUGACAGCGGUGGCAGAGGAAGUAAAUGCAAUUCUCAAGGCCCUUCCCCAGUAACUGUCCCUGAGGCUUUCUGAGGGUUCAUCGCUCAUCUUCUCGUCCUCGGUCCCUGUGAAUGUUGUUGGAAACCAUGACCCGACCUUAACUGUGUGUCUUCUAUUGUAAUCGCAUAGUAAUAGGGUCUUUAAAAGUCUUAUAGCCAGUACAGUCCGACAGUUAAAAUGUGUAUUUUUGUUUAACAAAAUUUAAAAAACAGAAAUAUAUGGAAACAUCCAAUUAAGGGACAGAACAGUUCAUCUAAUUUUGUCUUCUCGGAUAAAUUGCUUUACACUUCCUGAAAGCACAUAUUACAUUCUUAAUUACAAAUGAGGCCACACUGGUGAUACAGUAAUUGGUGCAUUCAGUUCAUGUUUUGGGAGAAAAGGGUUCUGGUUCAGUCCGUAAUUUUCCAAAGAAUAGAGGGAAGGAGGGAAAAAACUUGAUUUUUUUUUUGUUUUACAGACAAGAGUAGGAAAGUCUACCUUCUCAGCCUGAGCUUGGGCAGCGGAAAAGGAAGUUUUUCCAGCUGUCGAUCAAGUUUUUUUUAUGCCGGCAACUACAAGAGAAUAUAAAUGGCCUCUGUAGCCCCGCUGAAUUAGGCAAUAGGUUGGUUCUCUGACUUCAACAAGAGAGUUGUUGUUGGAAGCAGAAAACAACCUGCUGAUGUUUCUACAGCGAGCUACGGUGCGCAUCACAGAGAAAGACCAGGAGUGCUUGGGUGGCAUGGUGAAAGGGCAUCAUCUAUGGUUAUAGGCCAUUUCACCUUAUCUGCUGUACCUGUUCAUUAGGCAAAGCUACAGUUUCGGGCUUGAUCAGAUCUAUUUCUUCACACACUGCAGUCUGUUUUGGGGCAGGAGCUCAGUAGUUUUGCUGCUGUUUGAUUUUCAGAAUUUGGAAGGACAAGUCAGUGCCAUUAACAAGAAAUUAUAUUUCUGAAGAGCACACCAACUGUAGUCAUGCACCUGUAUUAAGUACUAUGGUUCCUACAUGAGGGCUGUCCAGGCUGACAGCUGCCCCAGGAAUGUACAAUGGGAAUCAUUACCCAUUUUAUAAAAUGGGAGAAGGGGAGGGAAAGGAAAUCCCCUGAAUGUAAUAUCUUUGCCUUCUUAAUUUGAGGAGGAUUUCCUUACUCCUCACAGCAUUGUCAUACUCAGUUUAACCCUCAAAGACCCCAAUUUCUUCUUGCCUUUGUGGCAUUCACAGCUACCAUGCCCAACCAGCCAUGCACAUUUUCUGUGUGUUCCCAGGCUUCACUUGCAGUUUGAACGAAAUGAAGGCUCUUCCCAACCUGUUGAUCAUUUUCAUUUCUCCCUCCACGCCACAAGAUUGUAACUAGCUAUGACUGUUUCUGGAAAACCAGUCCGGUCAGUAGAUGCUAUCUACGUUCUGGGACCUACUAGAGGGACAAGAGAUGCCAAAAUAUUAGUGUCUGUCUGUUAAUGAUAUAGUAAUGUGAUUCUGCUUUAACCCAUCUACCAUUUUCUAGAAUGUAUUUCUCUUAAAAGGAAUAAAAAUCACUUCUAGGACAUGACUAUCUGAACUAAGAGAACCAUCCAGUUGUAAUCAAUAGCUUCAUAGGUUUCAAAAUCAAAUGUGGAAUAUUCGUUUGUGUCAAGAUUAAACUUUUGAAUUCAGACUUGCAUGGUCUUCAUUUGGGGGACUUCUUACUCACUGUCUAAAGUUGCUAUCUGAUCUACUGCAAGGGGUGGGUUUUGAAAGCCUGAGGGUCUAUGCAAUUACCUUUUAUUUAUGAGAUUAAAGAAUUGGAUCAAAUUUAUUGAGGGAAUUUUCCUAAGUGUUUUUUUAUAUUAUCUUCUGAGUUUUCACCACUUCAUAUUUGUGCACCGCAUUACUCCAGCAAUCAAUCGUAUUUAUUAAGUACUUACUGUGUGCACAGCACUGUACUGAGUGCUUGGGAGAGUACCAUAGAAUAGAGUUGGUAGACACAUUCCCUGCCCACAAGGAACUUACAGUUUAGAGGGGAGUUUUCAGGCUAGAGUCCCAAGCAGUGUGGGAGAAGCGACUCCAGUUACCGACUUCAUCUGAAUUUUACAUUCAUUGACAGGUACUCAUAAGAAGCUUCAAAAGUCUCCUUCUAUGUAAACUUCAUCUAAACUUCAUCUAAAUAUAUGUAAACAUAUUUAUCUGUUCUUAAAGGCCUCCAGGGAAAAAACUCUCACAGCCCCCUCAGUAACCAAUACCCUUUUCCAGGGCUUAACCCUUCACUGUAAGGAAGUGCUUCCUGUUAGCCCAUCUAAAUCUGCCACACUGCAGUUUAAAUCCAUUCCUUCAGAAGGCAAGAGUGGCUUAUCACCUAUUCUUUGCUUAAUGACCUUCUGUGAGUUUGAAGCCAAUUAUUAAACGAUUCCCACCGAAAGCAUUUCUAAGCAAUAGAGAGCAACAACAAAAAGCCAGUGGAGGCAAAUGUCAUAAAUUUUUUUAAAUCCAAAUCUCUUUAUCAAAUACUAAAUAAUAUGAAGUUUAGUAAAAUUAAUUCAUCACCCUUAAAUAAGAUCUGAACAACAGCUUUGCACUUUUGAGUUCUACUGAGUCAGGAAGGGGUCGCUCCAAACAACUUCUGAAGGCAUAGGCAGCUGCUUCUAGACUGAAUUUCCAGGAUGUUAAUCUUGGGCUCCCUCCUAAUCCGUUUUAACUAAUUUCAAAGAAAGACAACGGUCUCAGCCUCUUGGCAAGAAGGGCAUAGAUGGUUCUGUUUGGUUGUGUUUGGGACAGGGAAUAAAAAAUUGCUUCUCUCUCUUCUACUAUUUGGGGAUUUCCAAGAUGGGAGGGACGGCUACCUCACUUGGUCGCAGUUGAUCAAUUGCUGGUAUAUCCUUGCAAAGCCAGGGCUCACUCCAUACUGUAGGGGUUCUGCCACUAGCCAUGUCUCUCAUGAGAUGGCUCACUUUCAAACCAAAACCAGAAUGGCUGUCCAGGACAAUGGGGCCAGGAAAAUGAGGGAAUGUAUGAUAGCAUCAGUUGCCUUUUUUAAAUGUUGGUCUUCUUGCAAAGGGUGGGCCCUGCCCAGGAAUCACAUUCCAAGACUUCCCACCGCCUCUAGGAAACAAAUCACUUACCCAUGCCUGAGGAACCUGGUGCUCCCAUUAUUUGGAAGGUACACAAAUUGAACUAUAUGGAUUGUGUUAGAAAAAGGUAUUGUGACCUGAAAUGUAGGAGAGUAUCUCUGAAGGGUCAUGAUCACUUUAUCACCAACCUUCCAGAAAGAUGAACUCAUUCUUCAAAAUAUGAGAGAAUUGAGCCAAACAGUGAACCCAUCAGUCAUUUAACAAUAUUCAUUGAGCACUCACAUCCCUACGGGAUGGCUUCAGCCCACCGGAGGUGCCAUACAGGCCACCCUCUAGCGUCACCACACUACGCUAUAGGCAUCGCUCCAGAAUAACUUCAUACAAAAGUCUGCCCAAACCUCAGAACUUGGAGUGUUCCCUCAGGGGGACCCGACCCCCCUCCACCUCACCUAAGAGCCACUGCACUUCCCUUCCAAUGUUAACACAGGCUGCUUCCGAUUCAGGCAGAGAGAGACAGGGAACUUUCAAACUUUUCACCACAGCCAACUCAUGGUGGUUGGUACACUCUGAGGCAAUAGCCUCACUCACCGCCUGAAGCCAGAUCAGAGUCAUACAGUAACUGUCCUCUCAGUAUCUUAUCCAUGUUUCUUCCUGUUUAUUACCUUGUGCCAUGUUUUCUUCUUUUCUGUCUCUUCUUCAAAUUCCAAUAAAACCGUUUUUAAUCCAGCUUCACUCACAUAGUAAUUAGUAGUCAGCCACUCCAGCUAAGCUUUUGGUUAAAACUACCUCUCCAGACUGGGCCAAAUUAUGAAUUGAGGGAAGCUAAAAAGGCUGGCAGGACAAUUCAGAAAAUGUCCAUGGCCUUACAACUACAAUGUCUACCUACUCUAUUGAUUCAUACUCUCCCAAGCACUCAACACAUAGAAGCCCUCGAUAAAUACCACUGAUUGAUUUUUCUGGAAAUAGAUGCACAUCAGGCUGGCUGAAGUUACAGUCAAGCUCCCAAGCCGUCAGUGAAAAAGCCCACCUUUCCUAGGCAAGGUCAGCCACCAGUUUGAACUCAACAUAGUGGUUGGUUGGUCCAGAGGCAGACCUCAAAAUCAUUUAUUUCUGGCUAGACCCUGGCAAGCCUGCUCCCAAUCCUAUCCCCCACACUUCAACCUCUCAAUCAAUCAGUCAGUCAAUCAAUGGAAUUUAUUCAGCACUUACAAUGUGCAAAGCACUGUAAGAAGCACUUGAAUGAUAGCCUCAGUGCCCGGGAACCUACAUGUCCUCUCUGGCUGCCGCACUCUGAUAUGCAAGAAAAUAAAAAAUGAAAAACAAUAUUUUGUUUUCACUUCCUACUUUAGUUAAGCUAAUAGGCCCACUGUUUGAGUGAUGAGGGAAACACAGGCUUCAACCUCCACUUGAUUUAUCUGAGACCUCCAUCUUUCGGGUCUAUGAGCUAAAGCCGGUGCUUCUAGAAUUUGUUCCUCUUCGGGGUGUUGCAUUCUGAAUCUGUUUACGAGUGAGUCUGGGUGAGCAAAGCCUCAGGUCAACUGAAAUACAAAAAUCGUUCCUUGUGUAAAGAUCUUGGGGGUCGGGGUUACAACGAUGUUCAAUUUCAUGGUCAGAGGGUUUGGGAUUGAGGUUCCCUUUUCUUAGCUGAGGUAAACGCUCCCAUUUAACAAAUCUGCCUUUUUAACCUCAUUUAUAAAAAUCAAAUCUACAGAUUGUGAGUUUUGUGUUUUUAAAAUGUUCAAACCAAGAACCUAUAUUUAAGAUUUUAUAGUUUUGAGGAUGGUGCGAAACAGUACUUUGAUUGUUUUUAUGUUUUUAACCAAAUGGGAAUGCAGCAUUAAAAACAAUCGAUUUGCAUGCUCUCUCAUUCUUUCUUCUCCCCUCUUUUUUUCACUCCCGUUUCCUCUUUUAAAUGCAUGCAUAAAAUAGCCCCUGCCCAUUCCAUGGGGAGAUGACAGCAGCAUCACAUGUAAUUGUGUUUUGUGCUUUAUUAAUCAAGUAGAACAUUAAUAAAAACCCUUCAUAAUUAGUGGAAUAGGCAUUAAUUUUAAAUUGUUUAUUGGAAUAGAAAAUGAGAUUUUGAUUAGGCCUUUGUCACUAAACAAUAGCUAUUUUAAUUUUCAUUCUGCAUAUUUAUUUAGAAGCUGUUACAAUCCACUUUUUUAAAUUGUGGAGUUUACAUUAUUUGCCUUUCAAAUUGUGUCCAAUUUGUAGAUUUGAUGGUUCCAUUUUUCUGAGUGUUUUCAAGUUUUUCCAUAUUUUGGCAUCCUAAUUUAGUUUAAAAAAACACACUGCUACCUACUUUGGCAGACCCAUUUAUCACUGAAAUUAUAUAUGCUGAAAGUAUGGCCUACAUAAUCCGAUCAAGGCAUGAUAUUUUCUCAACAUAUUUAAUUUUCCAUUCUAAGACAUGAAAAUGGGACACCAGCAACAUCAUAUUGAGGAUGUUCUUGUGCAUGCUCUUUGUAUUUGAUGGCAUUCGUUUGUCGUCAGAUGUUUCUUUCCUUGUGCAAUUUGAUUCUUUAUUUGUACAUAUUAAAAAAUAUACAGAGUAUUUUGUUCUACCUCUGUCAAGAUUUCACUUGUGAAUAAAGUCACACUGUCUGUGCGGUACUGUGAAUACA